UGGUAAUACGGAAGAAGAGGAAGCGCUGCUCCAGAUAAACAAACAAGAAGUAUGGCGGCGUGUUAAAGUGCAACACAAUGCGACCCGCUGUUAUAAUCAGUUGUGUUUUACUUAACGUCCUUCGGACAGGUCAGUUGGCUCUUAUAAAAACAGAGGAGACUGUGUUGGCAGCAGUGGGACACCAAGCCUCUCUAAGCUGUCAGCUCACUGAACCUAAAGAUGUCCUCCAAGUCACCUGGCAGAAAGUCCUUCAUGAUGGGGAGAUGAAUCUCGCCACCUUCACCAAGAGACAUGGUUCUAGGGUGAGACCUGAUCUGGAUGGGAAGAUGGAUUUUCAGCAGGAAGCUCUGCAGAGCUGCUCCGUGGUGAUCAGGAAGGUGACGGAGCAGGAUGAAGGCUGCUAUCGAUGUUUGUUUAAUACGUAUCCUAGUGGAGCCCUAAUAGGCAAGACCUGCCUCACACUCUAUGAGCUGCAUGAACCCAUCCUUGAUGUCAGAAGAUCAAACUCUCCUGCAGAGUCAGUUGUGUCCUGUUCAGCCACAGGUCGACCUGCUCCCUCUGUAACACUGACUGUUCUCCACCAGAACCUCAGCUUCUCCCAGUACACCUCCACCAGUGUGACCAACAGCAACGGUACGGUCACCAUCACCACCACAGCUCUGCUGUCAGCUUUCAGCAGCACAGAGGUUGGAUGUUCAGUGUCAGUUCUCUCUGCUGCUCCCAGAGAGCUGCUGGUCACCGUUCCUGGACUCACAGAGACGUCUGAAGAUGGGUGGAGUGUAACUAUUGUACUGGUGUUGAUCUGUGGAUCUUUGGUGGCUUCAGUCAGCAUUUUCUGCUGCAGAAAAAUGCAUCAUAACAGGAAGCUUCAAGUGGUGAAAGAAACUGAAGAACAAACCAAACAUGCUCCGUGUGUGGAACAGUUUAAGCAAGAAAAGAUCACUAGGAAGGUGACGUGUCAACUGAUUAAGAGAUCAUCCAGCAAGCAACCAUCACCAAUAACCCCAACAACACCUGAUGUAGAAAGCUGCUCACCUGAAGAUAUAAAUCUUCAUCAAAAACUGAAAGGCAGGAAAUCUUCUUAAUAUUAUGAAUCACUCGGACUUGUUUUCGUCUAUGAAUAUACUUUGUAAUCAUGUAUUUCUGUAUCAUAUUUUCAUACAUUUUUAAAAUAAUAAUAAGCCAGAACAUCUGUGUGAAUUUCCUAGCCUAGAAAAAAAAAAUUAAAAAGCAGCAUAGAUUAAUUUCCGUGGGCUAGAAAUGAUACUAAUGUGUAAAAAAUUGCUAAGAAACUGAUUUGAUACUUACAUGCAAUCAGACUGCAAGUGCAGUUAAUGUUUCUUUUGUUGGGAACAGAUUUUUCUACCAAACUCUGUCUCUGUGUUGACUUAUUCAUGCUAAUGUGAUAUAAGGGGGGUAGGUUCUCAAAUAGUGUCAGAAGAUAGUUAAAGCAUUCUUUAUAUUUUUGUAUAUCUAGAUUUACAGUAUUUUGAACUAUGUUAAGGUGCCUUGUUUGUACAUUUUUAUGUAUAUAUUAAAAAUAAAGAGAAAACGUUUUAUGUUAAAUCAA